AUGGAUGGAACCCUUAUUGGUAACAAACAUAUUGUAGCUAUAUCUGUUAAUUGUGUUGAAGGUGGUCGUGUUUCGGGCGUUCAAUCGAAUUUUCCUUGCAUAUUUUGUACACAACAUAAAAGUAAAUUAGGACAACCCGAUACAACUUCUUACUUUGAUAUUCAAAAAGAUGCGCGAACGUUAGAAGAACAGAAAUUGUGCUUGAAAAAAGGAGAAAAGAACAAUAAAGGUUAUAAAUGUGAACCGUUAUUUGGAGAUUUGUUUGAGUUUAGUGACUAUAUAAUGGAUACCUUGCACAUGAAGUUGAGAGUAUAUGAUGUUUUUAUGACCGAUAUAUUGCAUCAUGCAUCCAAACGAGAAAGAUAUGGAAAAGAACAUGAUGUACAAAUGGAAAAGAAACUUUUAGAUGGAAAUGCUAUAGCUGAUGUCAAAAAAUUAGUGAAUGAUUUUCGAGAAUUACUUGACCUUCUAAAAAUUGAUCCCUUGAAACGUGGAACAAAUCUGAAAAGUGCUUGUGUUCAGUUUCUUCAAACGUUCAAUGCUGCUUGUUUACGAAGUAAUGUGACACCGUAUCUUCACAUAGUUGGAAAUCACUUGUACGAGUUUGACGAGAAAGAAGAUUUAGGGGCUUUCAACAUGCAAGGAGUUGAGAAGGGAAAUGAUCUUUUGUCCGCUAAUAUGCAACCAUGUCGUCCACAACAUACUCUCGGAUUUUAUCGACAAUUAAAUAACACUGGUUUAACAACUACUGCAUCACCACCUUUACACGCCCUUCCAGUUCAAGAGAUUCUACCUCAACCACCUCGUCUGUCAUCAGUUCAGCCGUUAAUCCAGCGUUUUAUAUUCCACGGCGCUCUAGCUAAACGUGGCUGGCAGAAGAACAAAUCUUUUUUUAUCACCCAACAUCAGUACAAACAAUUAAAAUUAGCAGGAACAAAUGGUCAUUAUAAACCAUCAGAACUGUUAUUAAAUGCGUUAAAUGUGGACUUACAAUUUCAUCAUGAAGGAAAAUUACACCAAGCAACUAACAUACAGUUUCGAAUUAUUAAACAAAAAAAAGAAAAUUAUGAAACACCAACAGUACAGAGCCGUGCAAUUAUUAAUAUUUUCGUUCUGUCUGUUCGUUUUAUUCGUGCACAACCAACUCAUUUAGUGUAG